GCCACCUGAGAACACUCAGCUGUAUCCAGUUUCGCGUCCUCAACGUAAACAGAGUUCUCUAAUUAAUUGCUGUGCAAUGUUUUCGGCAUUUCCCGGAACUGAACCGUAAAUCGUAAUCGAUGAUUAUGAUUAACCAAAUUGUGUUCCCCCAGUGUCUUAACCCCUGAAAAAUGCAUGAGAAACUCAGUUUCAUCAACAAAACGUUCACCUAGUUGACAAGUAACAGUCAAGUACAUAAUUAGAGGUGAUUAACAAUUCUGUAGUCUUAAAAAUUUUCUACACCGUCUCAAGAAUUCGAAAAUCUCAAAAUAGACUCAUCAAUUCGUUCACUUUUGGAGGGAAAACAAAAAUAAAUAAGCAUGAAGAGAAGUGCGACAUCCUGCCAUCCGAUGAAGCGGAGGAGCCAUACAAAGCAAUCUGAGGACUCCAAUAACGAACGAAUCAAUUCCACUGCAACAAAAGGACCAGGUCGUCCUUGCAAGAUAUCAACUCAACCAGACAAUGAAAAAAAUCCUGCUGGUGAUGGGGCCACGAACAUUUCACCCGGGGAGAAAAUCAAACGAGAGGCUACGAAAUUGUACAAUGAAAAGAAAUACGAUUUGGCAAGUAAAAAGUACACGAUUCUUAUUGACAUGUGUCCAAAGGAAGCAAUUUAUUAUGGAAACCGAGCUGCAUGCUAUAUGAUGCUGGAAGAUUAUCUUAAAGCUCUGAAUGAUGCUAAAGAAGCUGUUCGAUUGUGCCCCACGUUUAUUAAGGGACAUUGUCGAGUGAUAAGAUGUGCCCUCAAACUCCACGAAUUCAUAGACAUGGACACCAGCGUAGCAAAAUUAGAGGAGAUCGAUCCAAGUAAUGAAGUGCUUCAGUUCCAGGCUCAAAAGAAAAGAGAGUUGAUUGGGCACCUGAAGAAUGAAUGUGCAGCGGUCAAUGCUAAGGAUUACGAGCAGGCCCUAGAACACCUUGAGAAAUCACUGGGGAUAUGUCCACGAUUUUUAGAGUACAAAGCAAAGAAAGCGAAAUAUUUAGCCAAAAUUUGUAACUUCAGCGAGGCAGAGACACUUGCAAAUGACAUAUUGACACAAGAUUCGAAAAUCAGCGAUGCUCAUUACGCUCUGGGAAGGUGUUUCUAUGAAACAGAUCUUGAAAAAUCAGUUCACCACUUUGAUGAGGCCUUCAGACUGAAUCCAGCGUGUGAUAACGACCAGGAAUUUUACCAGCGAGCCAAAGACUUUCUCGACAAGAAAACUGCGGCAAACAUCGCGUACAAAUCUCAACACUUCUCCAGAGCCUACGAUCUCUACAAUAAUAUGAUUACGAAAGGUGGACUGAACAAAGUAAUGAAGGUCACACUGUUAUUCAACAUGGCCGAGACCUCCUACAAGCUGGGGAACAUCAACCGAUGCCUGUCGGAGUGUGAGAAGGUCCUCAACCUCAAGCCCAAUCACCUGAAGGCCCUCAUGCGUCGUGCACAGUGUUACUUGGAUCAAAAGCAAUAUCACAGAGCCAUCGAAUGCCUGGAAGUGGCCUUGAUGAUCGAGUCAUCAUCCGAGGCCCUAAAAAUGCUGAAGAAAGCUCGAAGACUCUUGGAAGCUGCUAAGGACGACUUUCAUGGGACCCUGGGGGUUGCGCAGGGCGCAUCUACACAGGAGAUCAACAGAGCGUAUAAGGAGCUGACCAAAGUGCAUCAUCCUGAUCGUCAUGUUAAUGCAUCAGAAGGGGAGCAGGACUUCCAUGAGAGAAAGUGUAAAGAGAUCACGAGAGCUUACAGGUUGUUGAUGGAAGGGAGACAGCAGAACGGUGGAAAGUCAAAGCGGUCGUCAAGUAAUAACAAUUCACAUCGACCUAAGGCGUCAAAGGGAGCUAACGAUUGUAAUGGAGGAGGAUCUCCAUCGAAUGGCCAACAACCUCCAUCUGGAAAUCCGAAUAAUUCCAGUGGACCAAAGCCAUCAGCAGAGAAUUCUCAUAACUGUGGUGGACAGCAGUCUUCAGCUAGUGGCACAAAUAAAAACCCCAAUAAACCUCAAACUUCAUCGAAAGGUCCCAAUAUUAGUUCGAAUGGACAGCAGUCUUCUACAGAUCCUAAUAAUAAAUCGAAUCCUCAGGCUCCAUCAGGUGCUACAAAUAAUGACAGACAGAAAUCAUCAGCUGGUGGUGCGGAUAAGAGUGGAUCCCAGUCGUCAUCCGCAGGUUGCAAUAACAAUUGAGAUAAAUGGAAACCUCAGGAGAAUUGGAAAAAUCCCAGCGGUAAUCCCAGUGAAGAAGAGACGGAUCCUGACGUGCCAGUGCAUCGUCCUCGUACGUAGGUAGGGGGUAGACCUUGCAACGGGCGUGGGAAAUAUUGACGAUCGUACUGUGGAGAGUGUUUUUAAAGGGUACUAGAUCCUAAUAAUCCAGAAUGCUUCUGCAAUAUGAACGGGUAAUGCCAUUGACAUUUCAGUCUGUUUUCAUUGACUCGAUAAAAGAUGUGAUUGUGGAUGGAGAGAGAAGUUCAUUAGUAUGUGGUGGUUUUAAUCAACAAAUGUUUGUGAUUUGAGACUUCAAUAUUAUGUGUUGAAUCUUUUUACGUUUUGUUGGGUGAUGUAGAGUUAUUUGAGACAAUAAACGUGUUUCUACGGUUUUUGAAUA